AUGCUUAAAGGCGGAACUGCUAUACGUGAUAGUAAAGGAAAAAUUAUUAAAGACGCGCCGUUUCAAAGUCGUGUUAAGCCUUCUGCUAGAGUUCAACCAGAUAGGCGGUGGUUUGGAAAUACUCGGGUAAUCGGCCAGAAACAACUGGAAGAUUUCCGGGAAAGUUUAGGGGCUAAAGUUAAUGAUCCAUAUCAAGUUUUAUUACGGCAGAAUAAAUUACCUAUGACUUUGCUCGCUGAUGCUGCCAAGGUGACUAGAAUGCACAUGCUGGAGACAGAAGCAUUUUCAGACACAUUUGGACCAAAGGCGCAACGAAAACGUCCUAAAAUUAAAGUUGAUUCGCUAGAGGAUUUAUUCAAUAGUACUAAAGAAUCGUUGGAAGGCUACGAUGAAAAAAAAGAUCCGUCAUUAUUAUCCAAUAUUAACACGGAUUGGAUAUAUGAGGCUCGUGAUAGUUUGUUCUCAAAGGGCCAAUCAAGACGUAUUUGGAAUGAAUUGUACAAGGUUAUCGAUUCUUCAGAUGUUGUAAUUCAUGUGUUAGAUGCACGUGAUCCAAUUGGAACACGAUGCAAGAACGUGGAACAAUAUCUGAAAAAAGAAGUCAGUCAUAAACAUCUGGUGUUCCUUUUGAAUAAGUGUGAUCUUGUUCCUACUUGGGUUACGGCAAAAUGGGUAUCAAUCUUAUCAAAAGAUUAUCCAACACUCGCAUUUCACGCAAGCAUCAACAAUUCUUUUGGUAAAGGAUCCUUAAUACAGUUAUUACGUCAAUUUGCAUCGCUGCAUUCGGAUAAAAAACAAAUAAGCGUUGGUUUCAUUGGCUAUCCAAAUACCGGCAAGAGUUCAAUAAUUAAUACGCUACGAAGCAAAAAGGUGUGUAAUGUCGCCCCGAUUCCUGGCGAAACUAAAGUUUGGCAAUACAUUACUCUUAUGAAACGUAUAUACCUAAUUGAUUGUCCUGGGAUUGUACCACCAUCACUUGAAGAUACAGAAACCGAUAUCGUGAUGAAAGGUGUUGUGAGAGUGGAAAAUCUAAAGACACCCGAGGAUUAUAUCGUUGAAGUGCUCAAACGGGUUCGUAAAGAGUAUAUUCAACGAACAUACGAAAUUAAUGAAUGGAAAGAUCAUUUCGAUUUUAUUGGACAAUAUGCACAAAAAACUGGCAAACUGUUAAAGAAAGGCGAGCCAGAUAUUCAUAUUGUUUCAAAGAUGAUAUUGAACGAUUGGCUCCGAGGUAAAAUACCAUAUUUUACACCGCCUCCUUUUGAUGAAGAAAUUUCGAGCAACGCGACAUCAGAGGUGAAAGAAAAAGAAGAGAAAAUCAUAAAAGAGGAAAAAAAGCAACCAAAAGGUGUCGAACAAAUAUUUCGUAAUAUUCAAGUUGUAACUGAUUUUCUUCCCGAUGAUUUGAGAAAAGAUGCGGAAGUUACCACAUCCGAAAGCAUUUCUCAGUAUUACGAUAAGAGUGAUGUUAUCGAAGAGAAUAUCAAAGAUGAGACGAAGGUUAAAGAUGAAAAUGAGGUGGUUGAUUGGGAUGAAAUAUUUCAAAAUGUUGUUGGAAAAGAGACUUCUGGAAUUGACGAAGUAAUAACAAUUGAUCUAACAAGAUCUACAACCGAAAGUGUGGCUGAUGACCAUGUUACAUUAUCGGGGCCUGAAUCUGAACACGAGUCGAUUCAAGAAACUCAAUUGUCGGAGCUUAAUGAAUAUUCAUCGUCUCGUAAGCGCAAGAGAAUCACUAGCAAUUCUUCACAUACAAGCAAAAGUCAUAAAAAAGGAAAACGAAAAAGGCAAGAAGAUAUUGAAGAUGUCGGCAAAUUAUUAGGAUCCAUGCAACCACGCAAAAAAGAGCCACGAAAAACCACAAACAAACAAAAGAUUGGUGUACAUUUUUACGAGACUGCGAAUGUCAAAAAUCGAAAUAGGAACCGAGUUAAGCCUCAGGAUACGUCAAAGUUUUUGAAAAAGUUUAGGAAUAUGGCUUCAAAUUUGAAACCACAACAAACCGAUAUUCCUACAAGAGAAGCAUAUAACGAAUCGUUUAUGAAUAAACAAUAUCAUCCAGCGAAACCAUUGUAG